AUGGUCCUUGCAGCUGUCGGGCAGAUCUGCUCGACUGCGUCGAUGAGCCAUAACCUUGCACAAUGCCAUAGGCUGGUUCAUAGGGCUGUAGAAGCUGGAGCAAGGGCCCUAUUCCUCCCUGAAGCCUCCGACUAUAUAGCCUCGUCGCCGAGCGAGUCGCUGGCGCUGUGUCAACAUGUCACCAAAAGCCUCUUUGUGCGUGGCUUGCAGCAGGCUGCGCGAGAAAACAGACUCCCCAUCAACGUGGGAAUCCACGAGCCGACGGAACCACCGUCAGAAAGGAUUAAAAAUACUCUGAUAUGGAUCGAUAAGGACGGUGAUAUCGUCCAUAGGUACCAGAAACUACACCUCUUCGACAUUGAUCUACGACCCGAUGGCCCAAGAAUGAAGGAGAGUGAUUCAAUAGAACCUGGGACUGAGGUGAUCCAGCCAUAUACUUCGGUACUCGGAAAUAUUGGCAGUUUGAUCUGCUUCGACCUGCGUUUCCCGGAGCCUGCGUUGCGAUUGCGGCGGCUGGGGGCGGACGUCGUGGUUUACCCUUCAGCCUUCACCGUGCCAACAGGAAAGUUGCAUUGGGAAAUCCUGCUGCGAGCAAGAGCCAUAGAAUCACAAAGUUGGGUCAUAGCUGCCGCGCAAUGUGGCCGCCACAAUGAAAAGCGGGUGAGUUUCGGGGAUACUAUCGUCGUCAAGCCGAACGGUGAGGUUGCUGGCCGCCUGGAUAGGGUCGAAGAUCUGAACAGUGAAGAAGAAAAUGCACGCAAGCCAGAUCUACUGAUUGUGGAUAUUGAGUUGGAUGUCGUCAAGGAAACGAGACGGACAAUACCUUUAUUGAGGAGGACUGACGUGUACCCUGAAAUUUGA